AUGAAGGCGCGGGGAAUACCAGAAACGCUGCUCCGGUGGAUCGAGGCGUUCUGCUCGGAACGGACAGCGACUAUCCAGAUCAAUGGGCAGGAGUCUGAGAUUCAAACCCUUCCACAGGCUGGGCUACCUCAGGGCUCGCCCCUGUCCCCCAUCCUAUUUCUCUUCUUCAACGCAGACCUCGUGCAGAGACAGAUCGACAGCCAGGGAGGAGCAAUUGCUUUCGUGGAUGAUUUUACGGCAUGGGUGACCGGGCCAACCGCCCGAGACAACCGGGGAGGAAUCGAAACAAUCAUCAAGGAAGCGCUCGACUGGGAAAGGAGGAGCGGAGCAACUUUUGAGGCGGAGAAAACUGCCAUCAUACACUUCGCCCCCAAGACCUACAAACUGGAACAGGACUCGUUUACCAUCAAAGGGCAAUCCGUUGAGCCGAAAGAGAAGGUCAAGAUCUUGGGAGUUCUCAUGGACACGAGACUGAAGUACAAGGAACAUAUCGCGAGGGCAGCGUCCAAAGGCCUGGAGGCAGCGAUGGAGCUCCGACGACUCCGAGGCCUGUCCCCAGCGACAGCACGGCAGUUGUUCUCAUCGACGGUGGCCCCAGUAGUUGAUUAUGCCUCGAAUGUCUGGAUGCACGCUUUCAAGAGUCAGAACAUGGGACCGAUCAAUCGAGUCCAAAGGGUAGGAGCACAAGCAAUGGUGGGGACGUUUCUCACAGUCGCGACCAGCGUUGCGGAAGCAGAAGCUCACAUUGCCACCGCACAACACCGAUUCUGGAGACGAGCCGUGAAGAUGUGGACGGACCUCCACACUCUACGAAAAACCAAUCCUCUCCGCAGAAAUACAGAUCGGAUCAGGAAGUUCAGGAGAUACCACCGCUCACCACUGUACUAA